CAGAGGGGAAGCGCCAUCUGCCAGGGCCCAAGGCACAAAUCUUCCCUUCUGAAAUUAUGGAGCAGUGAGGUUUCUCCGCCAGUGACAGUCACGAUGAAAGUUUGGCAUUUCCUGGUUGCCUUCAAGAACAAGAGUAGGAGACGUGUCAGGCUGUAAUAAGUUCUGGGAUAUCGCUGCACUGGUCACACUUAAGGGACCCAGGCAAAUUGGGCAUGGAGGUGGAAGAGAAUGAAGUGGAGAGCAGCAGCGAUGCGGCCCCUCAUCUGGCACAGGAAGAACCUUCGGAGAGCGGCUGUGUGGAGACCUCUGAGGCCAUGUCUGCAGACAGCAGCGAUGCUGCUUCAGUGCCCAUCCUCUCAGAAGCAGAUGAGUCUGGUGUGGGGCAGAGCUCAGACAGCAGUGGGGUCUCUCUGGAGGAAGUGUCGGAGAGCAGCUCCAGCACAGAUGCUAUUCCUAGGGUCUACCUGCCAGACUCUUCCUCUAUUGCCCAGUCUACCCUCGUCUCCAGCGUCUCCACAGUGAGCCAGUCCAUUAUGGUAUCAGAAUCCCCACAGGUCCUAGUUCACUCCAGCGUCAUCACUGAUGGGGCCACAAUGGUCUCGGACUCCACUGCAUCCACCUCCUCGGACCUGGGCUCUGCCAUAGACAAAAUCAUUGAGUCCACAAUUGGGCCUGACAUCAUCCAGAGCUGCAUCGCAGUGACGAGCGCUGAGGAUUGUGGUGCCCAGACUACCCAGUAUCUCAUUCUGCAGGGGCCUGAUGAUGGUGCCCCCAUGGUGUCCCAGAUGGCCACUUCUGCUGUGGCCAACAGUUUGGCAGUAGAAGCCAUAGCCGAUGGACCCACUUCCACGUGCCUAGACCAGCCUGGCCCUUCAGACCCUUCCAAGCGGUCUGAAAUACUGGAGCUGCCCACGCAGCCGGAUCAGGCUAGAGAGGCAGAUUCUGGGGAAGAGCCAGACCAGCCAGACCUGGAGAGCUUGGAGGAGAUGAUGGAGGUGGUGGUGGUACAACAGUUCAGGUGCAAGAUGUGUCAGUACAAGAGCAUCUCCAAGAAAACUCUCAUCAACCACAUGAAGGAGCGGCACUUCCAGCCAGUGGCUGCUGCUCUGGCCUUGAAGAAGGGACGUCCGCGGAAGGGGGGAUCUUCCCAAAAGCCCCUGGAGGAAGAUGUGCUGGAGGAGGAAGAGGAGGAUGAUAUCAUGGAUGCUGGAGCCAUUGAUGACCCUGAAGAAGACAGUGACUAUAAUCCAGCCGAGGAUGAGCCUCGUGGGCGGCAGCCCAAGUACAGCCGCACUGUCCCCACAUCAAGUGAAGAGAGGCCACGCCGGCGGCCGGGGAGACCCCGCAAGUUCCCUCGCCUAGAGGACAUGCCACAGCCUGAAGGUGGUGAGGAGGAGCCCUUAGUCACGUCGCAGAGCACUCUGAGCAGCGAGCUGCAGGACUCCGAGGCAGCCAGCUCCUCCGUCCUGGAGAAUGGGGCCAGUGACAGCCUUGUGGAGCCCAGCAUCAGCCAGUCAGACUCAGAGAACAAGGAUCCGUCCUCCAACACGGGCCCUGAGGAGGCUGACACCGUGCCCAGGAGGCGAGGCCGGCCCUCCCGCCGCUUCCUUGGCAAGAAAUACCGCAAGUACAUCGGGCGCAGAUACUACUACAAGUCCCCCAAGCCUCUGAUGAGACCCUACCUGUGUCGAAUCUGCGGCUCACGCUUCCUCACGCACGAUGACCUGCGCUUUCACGUUAACUCGCACGAGGCCAAUGACCCUCAGCUCUUCAAGUGCCUGCAGUGCAGCUACCGCUCCCGCCGCUGGUCCUCCCUUAAAGAACACAUGUUUAACCACGUGGGCAGCAAGCCAUACAAGUGUGAGGAGUGUGACUACACAAGCGUGUACAAGAAGGAUGUCAUCCGCCACUCAACUGUGCACAGCCGGGACCGGAAGAAGAGAGCCGACCCGCCCCCAAAGCUGAAUUCAUUCCCCUGCCCAGUGUGUAGCCGAGUCUAUCCCAUGCAGAAGAGGCUGACCCAGCACAUGAAGACUCACAGCACGGAGAAGCCACACAUGUGUGACAAGUGUGGAAAGUCCUUCAAGAAGCGCUACACCUUUAAGAUGCAUCUGCUGACGCACAUCCAGGCCGUUGCUAACCGCAGGUUCAAGUGCGAGUUCUGUGACUAUGUCUGUGAGGAUAAAAAGAUCCUGCUGAACCACCAGCUUUCGCACAUGAACGACAAGCCAUACAAGUGCAGCUUCUGCAAGUACUCCACCUUCCGUGAGGACUUCCUGGUGUCACACAUGGCCGUCAAGCACACGGGGGGCAAGCCAUUUGCCUGUGAGUACUGUCACUUCACCACCAAGCACAAGAAGAACCUGCGCCUCCAUGUGCAGUGCCGCCACACUGACUCCUUUGAGGAGUGGGCCCAGCGGCAUCCCGAGGAGCCCCCCUGCCGGCGCCGCCCCUUCUUCACCCUGCAGCAGAUCGAGGAGCUAAAGCAGCAGCACAGCCAGGUGCAGAUUCCCACAGAGCCUGCAGCCAGCCCACCAGUUUCUCUUGGCCCUGUGACCUACCACACAGUGCAGUCCCUUCCAACGGCAGAACCCUCCAUCCUUUCCCAGGAUUCCUUGGGGGGAACCACCAUCAUUUAUGAGCAAGGUGUGGAGGGAUCGGCAGAGCUGGCCACGCAGACAGCUCUGGAUCUCCUGCUGAACAUGAGCAGCCAGCGGGAGCUGGCCACAGGCUCCCUGCAGGUGGCCGUGGUGAAGUCCGAUGGCUCUGGAGUGGCACAGGCCCCCGAAGCCCAGUCACAGCAGGAGGAGGAGGCAGAUCUGGAUUCCACUGGGCAGCAACAGAAGGUGGUGACACUGCAUGUGGCUGAGCAUGGAGAGGCCUUAGUGCAGGAGGCCUAUGAGGAGGCGACCCUGGGGAGCUCUGAGCUGCAGCAGAUCACCAUUCCUUUCGGGAGCACAGCGGAGUAUAGCAUCAUCACGCCCAUUAGUGAGGAGAUCCAGGCCCCAGAGACUCUCUACAGUGAGGAGGAGAGCCCGACAGAGCCCACCCAUACAGUUGUGGUGAGCGACGCCAUGAUGAAUGAAGCGCUGAAAGAGCACAGCGGUCACUACAUCAUGUCAGCCAGUUUCCCAGGGAGCCAGCUCCAUCAUGUCGAGGUAAGAGGGUCCCAGACUCCUGUGUCCUUGAGGGGUGUAAGGCAGUGUAACUCUUGGGGUCUUUUCUCCCAGCAGCUCAGUGGGGACCCUGCCCUCUCACCAGGGGAAGGCCAGGAGGCCCAGGCCUCUGGUGGCAAGUGGCCCAUGCUGCAGUGCCUGGCCAGGCAGCUCCGAAAGAACUCUGCCUUCUCCCCAGCACCAGAAGGGCAAGCAAUCCAGUCCGCAAAGGUCAAAUGGCCCGCGCUUCAGGGUGUGGCCAAGAAACUGUCAUGCAAGAUUUCUGCAACUAAGAAGCUGUCGUGCAAGAUUUCUGCAACUAAGAAAUUCUCGUGCAAGAUUUGCACGGCCAUGUUCACAGGGAGAGCAGAGAUGGAGAGUCACAAGAGGGCACAUGUAGGGCCCAACACCUUCAAGUGUCCAGACUGCCCGUUCACAGCAGCUGUGUGGCUGGAGGUCCGGAGUCACAUGGCACAGCAUGCCAACCUUCGACCCCACAAGUGCUCCCACUGCAGCUUUGCCUCCAAGAACAAGAAGGACCUGCGCAGACACAUGCUGACGCACACCAAUGAGAAGCCCUUUGCCUGCCAGAUCUGUGGGCAGAGGUUUAACCGGAACGGGCAUCUCAAGUUCCACAUGCAGCGUCUGCAUUGCUCCGAGGGGAAGCGGCUGGGGCAGCCAACAGCCACCACCCCGCAGACCAUCAUACUGAACAGCGAUGAGGAAGCACUAGCAACGCUGCAGACGGCUUUGCAGUCUGGCCAGGCAGUGCUGGCUCCUGAACGGCUGCAGCAGGCUCUGGGGCAGGAGCACAUCAUCGUAGCACAGGAGCAGAGCAUCACGAGCCAGGAGGAAGCCACGUACAUCCAGGAGAUCACAACGGCUGACGGGCAGACGGUGCAGCACUUGGUGACCGCUGAUAACCAGGUUCAGUACAUCAUUGCCCAGGAUGGCGUGCAGCACUUGCUCCCUCAUGAGUACGUUGUUGUCCCAGAGGGGCAUCACAUCCAGGUACAAGACGGCCAGAUCACCCACAUCCAGUAUGAACAGGGCAGCCAGUUCCUCCAGGAGCCCCAGCAGAUCCAGUACAUGCCAGUUUCCCCAGAGCAGCAGCUAGUUACCCAGGCUCAGCUGGAAGCUGUGGCGCAUUCAGCAGUGACAGCAGUGGCCGAUGCUGCCAUGGCCCAAGCCCAGGGCAUGUUCACCACAGAUGCAACAGCUGAGCAGAUCCAGCAGCUGCAGCAGGGGAUCCAUUACGAUGUCAUCACGCUGGCGGAUUAAGGGCUGGGCACUUGCUGGGGACUGGCAGAUGCUCUGGGCCAGCCAUCCACUAGCCAGGCCGAAAGGGGCUACAGGGGACAAGUCUGAGCACCCUCUGGCUGGGGUUUGCUAUUGACUUGCCGUGUGCAGCAGGAGCGCCAGAUCCUGCCUAUCUGCCCCUCUGCACUGGGUGCUGCAUCCGAUGCAGGGGCUGCUCCCCUGGCAGUCACAUGGCUGGGUGGGUGGCAGCAUGGCCCUGCCUGGGGCCGGUCUCUGUCACACCUGACAGUCUCGGAUCCUUUUCUCUGCGUUGUGUCCUCAAGCUGCGCCUGCCUGCCAUACAAGGUCCUGGCCUGAGACGGGCGCUGACCCCAGCCAUGUCGUAAAAAGGCUGGGCAAGGGCUACUGCAUUCAGUUGUAGCAGCCGUGCUGCCUGCCCUUGUGCUGUAGGGUGCAUGGGCAUGGCACGGCAUGGAGACUGCCUCCCCCUUCGGCUUUCCUGGCCUGCAGGCAGGCAUUGCUCAGAAUCUGCACGGGGAGAGCAGAACGACCUGGAGCGAGGGAACCACAGCGGAGGAGGCCAUAGCUGAGAUGUUCUAUUUUUCUUCCAAACAGAGAUGGACUCUGCUGGAGAGAGCUGGUUUGUACAGGGGAGGGGAGGGAGAUCAAUGCAAACCAUCGGAAGCUUUGAAUCUGCUUAUGAAUAAAAAGGUAUCGGAUUCUG